AUGGUGGCCCUGCCGGCGCAGAUCAUCCCGGCCGCGCCACAGGAGAUUGCGCCCAAAAAUGUCCAUCAGGUCUCGUCUCUCGCAGAGCUCAUUGCCAACACUGUCAUCACCAUGGAACCCGUCUCCGCGGGCGUGCUCCGAGCUGUGCGGGUGGCCGAUGCCCUCGAAAAUUAUGGGGCCGUUCUUCGCAGGCAUUGCGGCAGCCGACACACGUUGAGCUAUCCCACGACGACGAUCCGCACCUUCUGGAGCCACAGCUGGCAUGGUGGGGCAUGGAAGAAGUAUGUCACACUCUUGCUCUUCUACCAUGGAACCGCGGCACUUCUCAUUGCCAGCCUCGGGGCUGGUUUAGCCUCCGUGCUUUUCGGUUUGGAGAUCUUGCCCGCCCUAACGCAGCCAAUGGAAGGUGGGUCAAAUUUUCAAUGCAUCUGGACGAAUCCGGUGGGUUUGGUGUCAUACUGCGUUGUGCUCUUGUUCUGGCGUUCCUCGGCCGAUGUCUUCCUUGACGUCAUAUGCAUAGAUCAAGAGGUCCAGCCAAAGAAAGCCGACGGGCUUUUGAGCAUCGGUGCUUUUCUGAAGAACUCUGACACCAUGCUGGUUCUUUGGGACGAUACGUACUGCGAUCGACUCUGGUGCAUGUUCGAGAUUGCGGGUUUUGCCAGAAGCCGCUCUGCCGGUGAGGAGCCACGACUCCUCAUUCGGCCUACGGAACUGUCCCUUUGCUACUUCUCUCAAGCACUCACCGUGUUGUUUGUGACCAUCGUCACUGAUUUCCUUCCACUGAGUGGAGACGAUGUUGGCGUCAUCUGGACUUUUCAAGCACUGAAUGCCUUGGUGUUCUGUGCAGGUUUUUAUGCCAACAUUGCGAUAUACAGAGACUGCUUCCGCUCCAUGGAAGCAGAUGGAGACAAACUGGCAAGCUUCUCGCUUGACAACGUCAGCUCCUUUUGCUGCGAGAAUAACCAUGAAAGGAGCCGCGGACUUUGCGACAGGCGGGUUACGAACAAAUGUAUCAUUGCUUGGUUCGGAAGCAAAGAGCUCUUUGAGGAAUACGUGCGGACGAGAGUUCGCGCGCUACUCCUCCGAGAGCAUGCGAAGCAGUGCUUCUCAUACCGUCAGGCCAUCACUGCCAUGGUCCCGGUCUUGUGGCACUUCGUAAGCAAAGCUGCUGCAUGGUCCAGGUUCACCAGUUGGGAUCCGAAAAUGCAGGCCGCGCGAGAACUGAUCCGGGGUCUGGCAUGGUGGUUGGGGGUUGCUCCCAUGGCCCUACUGGUGGGCACAAGGUUGUGUUACCCACUCCGGCACAGACGCAGCUGGGCUCCGGCUGAAUAUCUUAUCAAUCUACCGCCGCUGCUGGCCAGCGUCAUGGUUGUUGUUGCAGCACAGCAGCUUGAGCAUCUGUGCUUCUCGCUCGACGACCUUUUCGAGUU